AUGUUAGAUGAACUAUAUAAAGCAGAACGUGGAGAGAUGGAAAACAAGCUUGAAGCAAAAGACAAAAGCAUUCAGAAAAGAAUACCACGUUCGGUACCAAAAGGAAAGGAAAAGAACUAUAAGUAUAUGAUUUAUACUGAAGAGUUGGAGAAAGAAGAAAACAGAGAUAUGGUUAUGUUGCAUUUAGUCAGAAGAAACAACAAAAGCUUUUACGACCUUGCUAAAAUUUACAAAUCUGACAGAAAUUGGUUCUAUCGCGAAAACUUACCGAUUUCAAUGACCCCAAAUGAAGAUGUGAAACAAAUAGUUCAAGAUACGUUACCUCAAACACACUAUGAUAUUAAAGGUUGUACAAUUUUUACCUUCAAAGAAGAUUUGUCAUUGUUAAAGGAAAAAAUAACAGAGUAUUUUGACAACUUCAAACAAGUAGAGUAA